UAAACUUGUCUGUAAUAAAUUCCUUGGGACCUUUUUCUGGGAUCCCUGUGGUAUACUAAAAACACAGGGAUCCCAAUAAUCAGCAGACAACUGAAACAAUCAUGGCGGACGAGUUCUUGAGAAAAGUUUUGGAAAGUUUGCGAGCAAAGUCUAAAGAAAUACUCAACGGUUUCAGGCUAAAAAGGAAAGAAAAUGGGCGACCCGUAAGAGCUUGUGAUAUUGUAGAAGCUACAGUGUUGGGCAUUGCUGCUUUUCCACUCAGUAUUGGUUACUUUCAAACUGCUAUUUUUCGUCCACUUCGAAUAACAAAUAACAAACGUCUAAUCGGACCUGUUUUUGGAUUAUUUUCUGUCGCUGUUUCUGGUUCCAUAGCGUCAUUAUUAUUUGUUUUGUAUGUAAAUUUUUCUAAAGACAUCUCGACUAGAGCUUUUGAGACCUACAAACAAAAGCUAGAUUCUCUGAUCUCUCCGCUUCAGUACAGCUACAGUCAUUACGACUUACUGCUCUACUCGUUGGGGAGUCUAAUGGUAUUCAAAGCUUUUGGAGGAAGGUUUAGAUCGGUCCUGCCAAGCAGCCUUGUGCAUCCUGGUGCAUUUGCAAGAGUGUCUUUACCAGCUCCUGGUCAGUUGUAUGCAUCUGAUGCUAUUAGGGAGAAACUGACCAAAUUAGGGAGAAAGUAUGGCUGUCAUACUUGUGGAACUAAGAGAUCACCAUUGUUUAUUGGUGACCAUAUUCCUCCCAACAAGUUGGUAAAGCCUGGUCAGAAACAAAGAUUCUUUCCUCAGUGUACCAACUGUUCCAAAGAUCAAGGUAUUUCCCUAUCGGUGAACUCCAAGAAACUGCCAAUCAAGACCCAUGGAACAACUCUUCGACUGUAUCACUUAUGGCUCCCUCUACCUGCAUAUCUGAUGUGGUUGAGGAGUGAUACAGACAGCCAAUGUUGAAGAGUUGAUAAUAUAAGUGUUAUAUUAACAACACACAGUCAUGUGACUUUUGGAAUAACCUAUUCUGAUGGAAUAUGGCAAUUCAUAUUUUUUUCACUAAUUAAUAAUGAAAGUUUUACAAAAAGAAGAAAGUUAUAUGACUGGCCUUGUAACCUGACUAAACAGCAAUUAUUUUCAAUAUCAGGAAUUUGGUUUUUCACUGCCACAAUAAUAAUAUUUUUGAAUGUAGGAAAUGAAAAAAACACAUUUCAGUUUACCACUCACAGUUAGUGUGAGUUCACAUAAUAUCACAAAACUGCUAUAAAUUUCCAUUCUUAAUUUGGCUGUUCAUAUGCUUUGGCUAAGAUAAAGCCAUUGCUAUAAAUACCACACUGCACCAUUGUACAUUCACUAGAAUGUGACUGACUCUUUCUUCUUGAACUCUGUCUUCUCUCCAUGUUGAGCAUAAUCCUUUUGAAAUUCAUCUCUUCUCUGCAAGUAUAGGUGUUUUGCCUCUUCAUAAAUACUGUUGUCUUUGAAACUGAAAUUUUGAUGUUAAAGGUUAAAAAUAUAUUGAACAAUAUGGCAGACAUUUUAAGGCCAACAUAAGUUCAUUUAAAAAAAUAAAUAACUGCAAUAUUAGAAAUUAGUGCUAAAUCCCUGUUUGUGUGUGUGUGUGUGAAAAUUUAUGCUUAAAAGAGCAAAAAUUUACAACAUUUCAGUUUUGAGUUCUGAGUUGCUUAUAAGGUUAGCCUCAAACUUGAGUACAAUUUUCAUGCAUCACAAGUAAGGUUUGUGGAAUUUCAAAGUGUUUGUAUUAUUUGAGAUGGGCAUCCUUUACUUUGCCCUUGGAUUUUGUAAAUAUUCUAACAACCAAAAUAAGGCUAACCCUGAGUAAAUGAGUCUAAUUGAGGAA